AAACGGGGUGUGCGUGUAUGUUGUGGUUCCAUGGUUGUAGGUUUGGUGUUGGCCCUGCAUCCCCAUCCCCAUAUCUAUGCCCGUGCAGGAGCAGGUCGCACAAGACACACGGAGGGAGGGAGCAUCGGGGGACUGCUUUGGUGGCUUCGGGCGAUUGUUCGCGGCGCCUGCGAGGCGAGGCGAGGCAGGGUAGACAUUUCGUCUGUUCUCUCUUGCAAUCUCCCAUCCUCUUCUCUGCAUUCCACGCACUCUGUGUUGCCCCUGCAAUCCACUCUUGGCUCGGCUGCGGCUGGGUGUGUUCGUCUGUUGACGUAUUUUGCCCUAUCCCAUUGUCUACUGAUUCUCACUCUCUGUCUGCACACUACCUACACAUCAUGGAGCCCCCUGCACCCCCUGCGUUGUACCAAGGCGUUCUCAAAGACUCCAAAGCCUUCCGCCUAAUGACUCGCAUGGGGUGGGAGGAAGGGUCCGGCCUUGGAAAGGAAAGGCAAGGGAUUACAUCUCAUAUCCGUGUCAAAGUUAGAAAAGACAACUCAGGUGUUGGUACGGAUGACGCAAAGAAAGCAGCAGCCAACUGGACAUUACAUACAGUCAGAGUCAUGAAUUAUGACAACAUCCUCAAGAACCUGAAAGUGGUUAGAUUUAAUCAAAUGACUGAACCAGAAGUUAAGGAGGACAGUAGAGAUGAAGCCAGCAGUGAUGAAGACAGUAGUGAUGAUGAUUCUGUUGAUGAUGUGCCCUCGGUCCAAGAGGAAAGAGAGAUUGCUGCGGCAGCUCCUGCACAGGCCCCGACAGUAAUUGUUGAAAUGGAAAGGACGGUCGUGGAGUCCAAGGAGGAACUUAUGUUUGUUGAAAUGGAGUGCGAGGAGUCUGUUUCUCUACAAGAACCAGCCGCAGAUUGGUGGGGCACUAAAUAUGGUUUUGUGAGAGGGGGGGCGCUUGGUUCAAAAGUUAGGCAGACUGUCAAUGGAGAAAGGCAAUGUCAGAAUGGUCGAACCGUAUUCUCUGAACAAGACCAGGAAAAUCUUUACAACCUUGUGAACGAGAAGGCCACCUCAGGGAAAAAGGGCUUAGGACAAGAUCAGAGGGCUUUGAAGAUUGGGGGAGUCAAGAUUUCAACACGUCCAGGACAGAAGAAAGUAUUUGCUAAUGCUGAAGCGAGUGAUGAAGAUGAAGUACAAGGAUCAGUUAUUAGUGACAGUCAAGAAAGUGAGCCGGUAAUUGAGAAGAAACUUGCAAAGAGAAGGAAAAGAGAUGAGACUUCCGGUUUCAAAGCUGUCCUCCAGGAGGGAUCUAAAAUCAAGUUGAAAGAAUUGGUAGCACAGUUUCUCGCAGAGGUCAGAACUUUCUUAUGUGCUGCUGAGCAGAAGACGAGCUUAAAGAAACUGCAGAGGAGAGUUACGGCAUCCACUGGUUUAUUCUCAAGUAAAGACGAUGCCGUUCGCUUUAGAGAUAAGAUGCUGAAGAGUUCAAAAUUCGUAGUGGAGGGCAAUACGAUUUCACUCAAGUCCAGACCACAGAGAUAUCUUCUUACUCGAUAAGUUUUUUUUGCCUGUUCGAAAUAGGUUAGCACCAGAACAUUUCUUGAAGGUAUUCUACUGGCCAGUUGCUGGAGCAUGAGUGAAAGCUUUUCUUUGAUGAAGCUCAACAGGUAUUCAAGGACGAUUUCUAUGACCUGAAAAACCAUAUUUAGGACUGAAGGAUACUCUUGCUUCUUGCGGCCAUUGAAUUAGUUGUCGGGAGUAUAAUUAGCACUUCGCCAUUCAAAUUGAGAUGGCUACCAUAAGCAUUAAUAUACUAGCUAUCAUUAGGCUCACGAAGUGAAGUGAUGUUUCCCUUGGUUGGACACUUCUGUGUAUCACAAGAAAGUUGCUCACAAGACUAAUACAUCAAUUAUUCCAUCAAUUUGGCCU